AUGGAAGUGAUUAUAACUCUUCUGCUUCUCUUCAGUACAUUUUCUCUGGGGAAUACAGAAGUUGAAGACUGCCCCUUUGGAUGGAUACCUUUUGGCGAGAAAUGCUACAAAUUCUUCUCUCCGCAAGUUGACUGGAUCACAGCGGAGAAAAACUGUCAGAGCCUUGACGCAAAUCUUGCACCUGUGCGAAGUCAAGUGGAAAACGAAUUUCUGCUCAGUCUGAUGCCUGUUUCUGCACGUUGUUGGGUUGGUGGUCAUGAUGGGGUAAAGGAUGGACAAUGGUUGUGGAGUGAUGGGACCACCUUUGACUACACCAACUGGUGCUCUAAUGAGCCUAGUGGAGGUACUGAGAACUGCUUGGAGAUAAACUGGACCAAUAAACGUUGCUGGAACGAUCUACCCUUUUCAACUCCAAUGGGCUAUAUUUGUGCUAAACGCGUGUGAUCAGAUGAAAUUGUGCUUCAGAGGUACUUUUUGUCCUCCAGGCAUGUAAAUGUAUUCUGAUUUUGCCAUCUCCAAUCUCUUUCGGAUUCAUUAUGAAUUGAAAUGUAUCUUCUCUUCUGAAUUGUAUUAAAUGUCUUUUGAAACCAUCAAAUCAAUA